AAAUCUGAAACAGAAACAAAAAUAGCUGGAAAAACUCAGCUGGUCUGACAACAUGUGGGGAGAGGAACACAGUUAAGGUUUCGAGUCCGUGUGACUCUUCAUCAGAACUCAGUUCUGACUGUAAGAUGGCUUCGCAGGGAGGAGAAUGGAUUUUGUUGCUCUUCUGUUUCUCCUUCGUCUGGGAAACCGUGCCAUGGAAGAUAAACCGGAAUGCUACGGAGCCAACACCGGUAGUCAUUUGGCACGGCAUGGGUGAUAGCUGCUGUAAAGGACUUACCCUGAAACACAUUAAACUGGUAGAAGAAACUGUCCCAGGAUGUUAUGUUUUGUCCUUGAAAAUUGGAAAAAAUGUUACUGAGGAAAUUGGUAACAGUUACAUCAUGAAUGUAAAUGACCAAGUUGAGCAGGCAUGUAAUAUAUUGUCCAAGGACAAGAAGCUACAGAAUGGAUAUAAUGCGAUGGGCUUCUCUCAAGGAGGUCAGUUUAUGAGAGCUGUGGCACAGAGAUGUCCCUCUCCUGCAAUGAUGAAUCUCAUCACAUUUGGAGCCCAACAUCAAGGAGUGUAUGGUUUACCCCACUGUCCUGGAGAGAGUUCGCACAUCUGCAACUGGAUAAGAAAAAUGCUAAAUUUGGGUGCUUACAAUAGUCUGAUUCAAAAGCAUUUGGUGCAGGCAGAGUACUGGCAUGACCCCUUGAAUGAAGACCUAUACAGGAACAAAAGCAUUUUCUUGGCAGAAAUUAAUCAAGAAAGGGGCAUUAAUGAAAGUUAUAAGGAGAAUCUGAUGAAAUUGAAAAAGUUUGUGAUGGUGAAAUUCUUGAAGGAUUCCAUGGUUGACCCAGUUGAUUCAGAGUGGUUUGGUUUCUACAAAGCUGGCCAGGCCAAGGAUACUUACAGCUUGCAGGAGAGUGUACUUUAUCAAGAGGAUCGAUUGGGGUUGAAGGCAAUGAACAAAGCGAGCAAAUUGGAAUUUCUGACUGUGGAUGGGGACCACCUUCAAUUCUCAAAGGAAUGGUUCAUCAACAACAUAGUUCCUUACCUGAAGUGACCCUUUUUCUGAGCCAGUAGCUGUCAACUAAUUGAUUCAUCCCAACAUUAACACAUUUAAUGCUGUAAGUUUUGUAAAAACUGGCUCACUAGCCAAGUUUGAAUUAGUUUCAACUCCAAGUACUAUGAAAUUUAGGGUGAUUUUCCGCAAUGCAAUCUACUCUUGAAUUCAAAGCACUUAUAUUGCCUUUAAAUUUUCGCUCUAAAUUCUUACUUCAUGUUGCUUAACUCUCAUUGCUAGACAAUUCAAUUUCCCAUGCAGAAAACUUUGAAUUCAGCAAUAGUUAGUACCUUUCAUCAAAGCUAAUGUAAAAUGAGACAAAUAAUGAUUUUGAAAGUAACAGUGGAAUCACUUGUUCAAAAAUGAACCAUGCAGAACAGGAACGCGUUACUCAUCUGAUGAGUUAGCUUAUCAGGCAUAGCUUCAGUAUUUCUAGGGUACAGUCAUUAACAAUCAGCCGUUUUUGCUGUAUCUGAUCACUACUGAUUGAUCCCGCCCCUUGCAGGAAAAAUGCAUGUUGGUUGAGAGAAGAAUCAGGCUUGAUUUGAUGACUUCCAAAGUUGAAUAGCUGACUGACACUCUAGGCUCAUAUCAGGAAGUUGAGACAAGAGGGGGCAUUGUUAAAGGUAGACCAUGACUAGUCACAGUAUAAACCUGAUGAGGUAAAAUAAAAUUUUACAUACAUCAGAAAUCUAAAUAUUAAUUUUGACUCAUAUAUACUUAUUGACAAUCCUGUUCGUGUCCAUUGGUGUGUUUAUAUUCAACAAUCCAGUAUUAACCUAUUCCAGGAUUAUAGAAAUGUCUUACAACUGAUCCAUGUAAACUAGGUGAGCUACAUCUUUAAACAAAUCUAGUUUGAAGAGACUCCUUAAACGUUAGCUGACAUUAUACACUGGUGUAAUUACAGCUCAAGCAAUUUAAUCGUGCAAAUGAAAUUUAAGAUAAUGUUGAAAUGGCGCUUAAACAUUUUAGAGGAAGCAACUAGUAGUGAUCCCAUUGUCUGAGCCUGAACAUGGUGAAUUUCUUGGCUUAGCAUUUUGUUAAAAGCUGAGAAGCAACACUAUGAUUCUUCUCAUUAGGCCAAAUAGGCCAUCACCAAGGAGAGACAUUACUUUUACUCUUCAAUUUUGCAAAAACUCAAAUCAGCCAAAAAUUGCUGCAAUAGUUCAUCUCAUGGCGGUCUCAGGGUUAAUUGACUUUUUACCUCAUCAUUCAUGGCACAUUAAUUUUGCACUAUAAGUUGCUCAAAUGUCAAAAUGAUAACAGGACAGUAGUGUCAAUUUUGUAUCUACGAUGUCAUGAUCUAUCUCACUGAUCAGCCACAUGGCACCAUUAAAAAAACUGAAAACAGAUGCCAAAACUCAGUUAAGGUGUGGCAUUGCAGUGGAUGACCUAGGUUCUGAAAUGACUUUAAAUCAACUAAAAAGUUACUAACAUUUUGAUGCUUUUAAAUGCAGUACAAGGUGAUAAAGCGUUUUGCAGAUAUACUUUAAAGAUACACCUGUACGAUAAUUUGUUGAUUCUUUCUGAUGCGAAUGCACAGUUUUUCAUUUUCAUCUGUGUUAAUUUGUUGAAUAAUGUUGUUUUGAAUAAAAUGUCCGCUGUUUCACGUUGA